CUUUUCGCGGGCGCCGAGCGGCCACCGCGGCUAAGACAAGACGUGAAGUGCGUGGCAGCGGCGGCUGCGGCGUCGGCGGGCCGGGGCCUGCGGACGCGGCACUGCACGCGCAAGUCCCUGCCUGGCAGCGGGCCUGGAGGGCCGCCCGGAGGAGGCGACUGCGCCAUGGACGGGCCGCCCUUCAACGAGGCGGCCUUGGAGCAGGCGCUGGCUCCGCCGUGCGAUCUGGACGCCGCGCUGCUGACCGACAUCGAAGACAUGCUUCAGCUCAUCAACAACCAAGACAGCGACUUUCCGGGCCUGUUCGAUCCACCCUAUGCGGGGGGCCGGACAGGUGACCCAGACCCUGGCAGCCCAGAUGCCAGCUCCCAGGGCAGCUUGUCCCCACCUCCUGUCACAAUGAGCUCCCCACUUGAAAGCUUCCUGGGGGGGCCGAAGGCAACACCCCCACCUUUGUCCCCUCCCCAGCCUGCGCCCACCCCACUGAAGUUGUACUCAUCUGUGCCUGCCUUUUCCCCUGGGCCUGGUAUCAAGGAGGAGCCAGUGCCACUGACCAUCCUGCAGCCCCCCACCCCACAGCCUCUACCAGGGGCCCUCCUGCCCCAGAGCUUUCCAGUACCGGCCCCAUCACAGUUCAGCCCUGCCCCUGUUUUGGGCUAUCCCAGCCCUUCUGCAGGCUUUACUACAGGGACCCCUCCAGGGAGCACCCCACAGCCGCUGCCUAGCCUGCCACUGGCUUCCCUGCCAGGGGUCCCGCCCGUCUCCUUGCACACCCAGGUCCAGAGUGCAGUACCCCAGCAGAUGUUGACGGCCACGGCCACCCCCACAGCAGCCCCUGGAACAACAACCGUGACCUCACAGAUCCAGCAGGUCCCGGUCCUGCUGCAGCCCCACUUUAUCAAGACAGAUUCGCUUCUCCUGACGACCAUGAAAACAGACCUGGGAACCACCAUGAAGGGAGCAAAUAUCAGCUCCUUGGCUCCCGGUGCCACUGUGCAGACAGGGCCCUUGCAGACCUUGGUGAGUGGUGGAACCAUCCUAGCAACAGUACCACUGGUAGUGGAUACUGACAAGUUGCCCAUCAACCGACUGGUAGCUGGCAGCAAGACCCUGGGUUCCGCCCAGAGCCGUGGGGAGAAGCGCACAGCCCACAAUGCCAUCGAGAAACGCUACCGCUCCUCCAUCAACGACAAGAUCGUCGAGCUCAAGGACCUGGUGGUGGGCACUGAAGCGAAGCUGAAUAAAUCUGCUGUCUUGCGUAAGGCCAUUGAUUACAUCCGAUUCCUACAACAGAGCAACCAGAAACUCAAGCAGGAGAACCUCAGUCUGCGCAACGCGGCCCACAAAAGUAAGUCUCUGAAGGACCUGGUGUCCAGCUGUGGCAGUGGAAGGAACACAGAUGUGUGCAUGGAGGGCAUGAAGCCUGAGGUGGUGGACACCCUGAGCCCGCCCCCCUCGGACGCCGGCUCCCCGUCCCAGAGCAGCCCCUUGUCGAUGGGCAGCAGGAGCAGCGGCAGCGGUGGCAGCGGCAGUGACUCGGAGCCGGACAGCCCCGUCUUCGAGGACAGCCAGGUGAAGCCAGAGCAGCUGCUGUCCCCCCACAGCCGGGGCAUGCUGGACCGUUCCCGCCUGGCCCUGUGCAUGCUUGUCUUUCUCUGUCUCUCCUGCAACCCCUUGGCCUCCCUGCUGGGCAGCUGGGGUCUCUCUGGCUCCUCGUAUGCCACCAGCAUCUACCAUGGGCGCAACAUGCUGGGCACCAAGAGCAGAGGUAUGACAGAUGGCCCCGGCUGGGCCCCGUGGCUGCUGCCCCCCCUGGUCUGGCUGACUAAUGGGCUGUUAGUGCUGAUCUCCUUGGCACUUCUCUUUGUCUGCGGAGAGCCAGUCACGCGGCCACACUCAGGCCCCGCUGUGCACUUCUGGAGGCAUCGAAAGCAGGCUGACCUGGACCUGGCACGGGGGGACUUUGCCCAGGCUGCCCAGCAACUAUGGCUGGCCCUGCGGGCCCUGGGUCGGCCUCUGCCUGCCUCCCACCUGGACCUGGCCUGCAGUCUGCUCUGGAACCUCAUCCGCCACCUGCUGCAACGGCUCUGGGUGGGCCGUUGGCUGGCCGGCCAGGCGGGGGGCCUGCAAAGGGACAGCGCGUUGCAGGCCGACGCUCGAGCCAGCGCCCGGGACGCGGCCCUCGUGUACCACAAGCUGCACCAGCUGCACACUAUGGGGAAGUACAUAGGCGGGCACCUCGUUGCCACCAACCUGGCACUGAGUGCCCUGAACCUGGCAGAAUGUGCGGGAGACGCUGUGUCCGUGGCCACAAUGGCUGAGAUCUAUGUUGCAGUUGCACUGAGGGUCAAGACCAGUCUCCCGCGGGCCUUGCACUUUCUGACACGCUUCUUCCUGAGUAGUGCCCGCCAGGCCUGCCUGGCACAGAGUGGCUCGGUUCCUCUUGCCAUGCAGUGGCUCUGCCACCCUGUGGGCCACCGCUUCUUCGUGGAUGGCGACUGGACCGUGUGCAGUGCCCCGCGGGAGAGCCUGUACAGCUUGGCAGGGAACCCAGUGGACCCCCUGGCCCAGGUCACUCAGCUGUUCCGUGAACAUCUCCUGGAGCGAGCGCUGAACUGUGUGGCUCAACCCAGCCCCAGCCCUGGAGCAGCUGAUGGGGACAAGGAAUUCUCGGACGCCCUCGGGUACCUGCAGCUGCUGAACAGCUGUUGUGAUGCUGCCGGGACUCCCGCCUGCAGCUUCUCCAUCAGCUCCAGCACGACCACCACCACCGGCGUAGACCCUGUGGCCAAGUGGUGGGCCUCGCUGACGACCGUGGUGACACACUGGCUGCGGCGGGACGAGGAGGCGGCUGAGCGGCUGUACCCGCUGGUGGGGCAGCUGCCCCGCGCCCUGCUGGAGUCUGAGAGACCCCUGCCCAGGGCAGCUCUACACUCCUUCAAGGCCGUCCGGGCCCUGCUGGACUGUGGGAAGGCGGAGUCUGGCCCUGCCAGCCUAGCCAGCUGUGAGAAGGCCAGUGGGUACCUGCGCGACAGCCUGGCCUCCACCUCAGCCAGCAGCUCCAUUGACAAGGCCAUGCAGCUGCUCCUGUGUGACCUGCUCCUGGUGGCACGCACUAGCCUGUGGCGGAGGCAGCAGCCACCGGCAGCAGCUCAGACUUGCCAGGGCCCGGGCAGCGCGCCCCAGGCCUCAGCCCUGGAGCUGCGUGGCUUCCAGCGGGACCUGAGCGGCCUGAGGCGUCUGGCACAGAGUUUCCGACCCGCCAUGCGGAGGGUGUUCCUACAUGAGGCCACCGCCCGCCUGAUGGCAGGGGCCAGCCCCACACGGACACACCAGCUCCUGGACCGCAGCCUGAGGAGGAGGGCAGGACCCUGCGGCAAAGGCACCACGACAGAGCUGGAGCCACAGCCCACGAGGCGUGAGCACGCAGAGGCAUUGCUGCUGGCCUCCUGCUACCUGCCACCCGGCUUCCUUUCGGCGCCCGGGCAGCGCGUGGGCAUGCUAGCCGAGGCAGCCCGCACACUCGAGAAGCUGGGUGACCAUCGGCUGCUGCAGGACUGCCAGCAGAUGCUCAUGCGUCUGGGCGGCGGGACCACUGUCACCUCCAGCUAGACCAUCGCCAAGGCCGCAAUCCUACCUAGUGCCUGUGUCUCCCACUGCCCAAUUUCAGCCUGUUUCCCAAGCUGGAGCCUCAAUGGCCGGAGGCAGCGCCAGAGAUGCUGGUGUCCCCGAAUCACUCUUGGAUGGCUCUGUCUCAGAAGUGGAGAAUGGGAGACCUGCGGGGACUUUUGUCUCGACCUGGGAGGUCACACGGGUGCGACCCCAACCCCCGGCCCCUGCCCCAACCCCAACCCAUUGAGCGGCAGCCAGGGUGGUGCUGACCUCUGGUGGCAGAUCGGGGGAUUGCAGAGGCCAGCCCAGGCGGGUGUCACUUUCUUUCCUCGCAGGCCCCUGUGGCUUUCCCCCACUCUCCAGUCUAGAGGGCCAAUCUAGAGGAAGAGAAGGGUACAUUUCACUGAACUGGGAGGACUCAACUUGGCUUUCCAGGUCAUAGCCGGGCCUCCUUACUAAGCCUCUCUCCCUUUCAGGGACUCUUGUACAUAGUUUAGAUGAAGGUGCGCCAGCCUCUGCGCUUCUGAGGCUCACGUGCUACUUGCAUUUUGCAAACUUUAUUUUCAUAGAAUGAGAAGUUUUGUACAGAGAAUAAAAAAUGAAAUUAUUUAUAAUCUGGGUUAUGUUCCUUUGGGGAAAAGGGUACGUGCUUCAAUUGAGGUACAUACCAACUGGGGGUUCCUUGGGCCUUCCCUUCCACCCUGCACCCAGGCAAAUGUUUCCUACCCCACCCAUCGUAAAGCACAAAGUUCUCUCCUGUUGUCCAGGGAGGCCUGGAUCCCACUAGGCUGUACCAACCUCUCACCCUUAGGGUCAUUGUGGUCUCCCGUCAUUUCCAGCCCCUCAGCUUAGAUUCUCACAGCUUCCAGCCUAACACGGGAGAACCAGUGUCCCCAAGGAUAAAGGUGACAGGAGCUGCAACCUUAUCUAUGGGAUGUCAGUCUUGCCUCCCUACCCACUGCCCCUUCACACCUGAGAGCCUGCACCCCCAUCAUGACCUGUCACUCAAAGGGCUUAUUUCCUGUUCCCGCAGACCCCCUGACUCUGGUU